AUGGGCAAUAGAAUCCGUCAGCGUAGAUCGGAAAACUCGAUCUCCCGAGGACUGGGAUCACCGCACUCCAUGAUCGGCCCACCCCGUGCAGGGUUACUAAGUGUUCUGCGAACUGGGUACGUUGUUUCGCGGUACACGGAAAUUCCUGAUUACGAGGCCUUCUUUGGUGCUCUUCAUCAACAUGGACCUCCGUUGAUCUGCGAAUUCAGGUUGUGGUUCCCGUUUGUGACAGAGUUCCCGUUUGUGCGUCGAUCCCUCUCCGCACGUUCUGUCCCGUUUGCGAACAUGAUGCUUUUGUAA